GGCGAAGCGGCGCUAUAAACCGUUCCGGACGGUUCAUAUCGCGGCGCGCUGCCACCGCGGCAACACGUUUCCGCGAGUGCUCCGGCGGGGAUCUUGUGCGAAACGAACAGCUGUUAUCCGUUGUUUCUUCUCGAUCUCUUGCCUCGUAGCUUUCUUAGGAAGGCCAGGGAUCGCGCGGCACUGGCCGGAGCGAUGUAGAACAAUCGAGCCGUUCGAUUACGAAUUGAUAUGUUCUGGACGUGGUGCGAAACUGGCAUCGAGAUUUGUGAGUGAGGGACGAGCUCUCGAACGAGAAAAAGCUGGCGAGGCAGAUCGUGACAAGAGGGAAGAUCUCGGAGUUGCUGGAAUUGCUGGUGCUGCGCUGGGCCAGGAUGUCGUUCUUCAGGGGUUUAUGGAAGAGCAGCUCGAAGCACAAGAAGCUAUGCGAGGAAUGGGCGCUGGCGAACAGCCGCGAGUGCGUUGAGGGCGGCGGUUCGACGAGCACGACGCACGGGGAGGAAUGCGAGGAUGCGUCUGAGGCGAGGUUCACCCUCAAAUAUUUGGGCAGCACCCUCGUCGAAACCCCGUCGAGCGAGGAAGCCACGGCGGAAGCUAUUAAGACCGUCAUCACCAUGGCGAAAGCAAGCGGAAAGAAAUUGCAAAGAGUCUCUUUGGCUGUGAGCCUGAGAGGAAUUAGAAUGACGGAUUUGGCGACCGAAGAGGAUCAGCUUCAGGUGUCGAUAUACAGUUAUUCAGAAUUCGUAUGCUCGGCGGAUGCGACGCACGAUCACGUGUUCGCGUUCAUCGCGACGAAUCUCAACGAGACGAUGGAGUGCCACGCGUUUCUCUGCCCGAAAAGAAAAAUGGCACAGACAGUGACGCUGACUGUAGCGCAGGCCUUCAACACAGCUUAUCAGGCGUGGCAGUUGUCACAGUCCGAUCCUAGGAUCCAUCACGCGCAAGAUAAGAGCCCUCCCUCGACAGGUGACAGGAUCGAUAACAAUGAGAAGAAGAGCGCCAGCGAGACAAAGAGCACUACCGGCAAGAUUAAUGAGCAAAAUAAGCAGAACGGUCAACAACGGCGCAACGACAGCCAGAAAAAUCUUUUAAUUGAUUUGUCAAACGAUCUCAAACCAGCGGGAAAUUCAUGGGUAUGCUUCGAAGAGGAUUCGGACGUGAAGAAGAGCCAGAAGAAGAGCGCGGCGAGUAACAAUAGUAUUCCUAUGACAACGCUUAGGCACCACACGACGGCGUCCACCCCGGCGCACCACGUGGUGCCUCGGCCGAGCGCCGGUUUCAAGGUGCAGAACGCCUGGGGCGAGUCCAGGUCGGUCGAUCUGAUGUGCUCGUAGCAGGCAGGAUAGCCGGCGGCCGAUAGCUUCAGGGACGUGCCGUUGAUCACGGGCCUUUGGAAACACCUCUCGGACAACGGCCAAUCCAAGAAGACCAACGGCAAUCAUUAGAAUCCUCGCCAAACUGUCCCGGCAGCUUCCGCUCGCGAGUUUAAAACAAAAAAAAUUGAGAAAGGUGACGAUCUUCGCUGAUUAUUCAUAUUUUUAUCGAGCGCUGAAGAGAGACAGCGUGGAUGCCGACGCAGCGGCGUCUAUUUUUGUGUGAUUUUUCUUAAUGAAACUACAUUAUAAGUCCGAUGGGGUUUCUUAUAUUCGUUGGAGGGACGUGGGAAAGAUCGCGGGUGAUUCCAAUCAAUGUACGAUGACGAUGACAAUGGUGGUUUCUUUUUCAAGAAGGCUAAUAACCCGCACAGAGGGAUCGCAGUAAUCCGGGUGGGAUCAAUUUCUAAUGGAUUUUGUAUAAUAUACAUAUACCUGUGCCAAUUACUUUACAUACAUAUCGCACAAACAUUGCUAAACGAGAGUGUGAGUGUUAACACACUCGUUUUUUUUAUCGUUUUUAAUGGUAUUAACUCUGGAAAUUAGGUUAAUAAAAUUAGUAUCGUACAACUCGCGUUUUAAGAGCCAGUGGAUGAGGAUUAAGCUCGAUUUUUUAUUCAAGUCUCAUCGGAGAAUUGAAAGUCUCGAUGUGACGAUCAGAUAUGUGCAAAAUAUCGAGAUAUUGAAGUUUAACCAGUGUAGGUAUUUAAAAAACUACUGAACAAACCAGAUAAACUUUCAUUGAGUAUCUACCAGAGCAAGCGAAGAGUGUUUAUAAAAAUUACUAUGAAACAAUGAAUUAGGAUGUUUAGUCAAAGGCUAAGCUGUAUAAAACGCGUGUAAUUGAUAUUCUUUAUGAAUUAUCGUUUUAUAUUUAAAAUUUGUAAAGUGUUACACGUAAAUUUUUUUAUACACAUCAUUUUUUUCGUGAAUAAUUGCGUAUAUAAUAUUGGUUUUCGCGCCAAGAUUUUCAAUUGCACAAUGAGCCGAAUUUAUACAAUUUUGGUGAGUAAAAACAACUCGCUCGCAUAUACCGAGCCUUGUGCUAAUUGUAAAAAAGUGUCCCGUCCAAAUCGGAAAAUAUCGCUGCCAUAUUUUAAUCCUAUAUAUGAUUCGAAUGUUUUACAUACGCGUAUAUCUACGCGGCGCAGUGAGCGAUUGAAUUUUUUUAGACUAUUUUGGAGCAAUUUUCGAAUUCUGAUUACAUAAAAUUACGUAUUCCAGAGUUAAUACGCAUUUGUUACUUUUGUCGUAAACGUAUUACGGUAAAAAGGAAAACGGAGAAUUGAGAAAAGACGCCAGGUUUCGUAGAUCGAUUCCCAAUUAUGGUGCUGGAUAGAGAGAUGACCCUUUACGUAAUUGUUGACAGUCGAGCCCUUGAUUGAAUAGCUGGGCUAUUUCUUAGUUGAAAUUCAGCAAAGUUUCUCGCAAGAAGAAUCGUUUGACCGUUUUACAAAAAAAUAUCGUCGUAAUCGUUUAAAUAAAUAUCGAGAAAAGGUCCGCGUUACAUAUUCUUCAUACGAUAUCGGGUCUAAUUUGCAAUUAGCUCAUACGUUAUGUGGAAAGUUUACAUUCCCGAGGAGAAUUAUAUCCCGAAGGGAUCAUUUGCCAAAAUCAUCGGGCUUCGUGGCGCUGAUGAAGGUUUCAUUGAUAAUGUCGGCUGCGAGCGAUUGCCGUCGAAAUACCGCAAUAUUAUGUAUUACAUAUUAAACAUUUAAUGUGUUGAUGUAUACGUUAUAUAAAUAAAUACGCGCGCGUAAUAGCUGAUAGGGCGCUAAUAAUGCCGCUAAUAAUCGAAGAGCGUUAACAUGAUUUAGCGUUAACUAUAUUGAUAUUUAAUUUAUCGAUUGUUAAACCGUAAAUAUAUUGUAUCCUGGUUUUAGAUAUCGUAUCUGUGGGCAAUUAUCGCGAUGCUGUCUUAUUGGAUAACGUUGAGAUCUUCGUUUCUGCGCGAUGCGAUUAUCGAUCCGGUUAUGAUCUUGCGAAUAAGUAAGCAGAGGGCCGCGUUCGAUUUUGAAAAAGAUAUAGCAGGUGUAAUACAUUAUAUGAUAACGUACUGUCCAUUAGUCAAUGUUAUAUUGUCGAAGAGCAGCGUUAUUAGAUUAUCGGAUCAAAUUGUAUCGAUUCUAAGAUAGUUACUCUGGUGGUUUCGUAGAGUUUUCGUAGGUUUGGAGAAUUUGUCGCGAGACGAUGCACGAAACAAUCGAAUGGAAAAUGCUCAUUCUUUCGUUAAUACCUUUUUGACGAAAAGUCUCGGAGGGAAAAAGUUUUUGCUAUCUUUUUUUAAUAUAAAGAAAACUGAAUUUGUAAAUAAACAUUUUGCUUACUUUUACAUGGGAAUUUUCAUAAGUUUUUAUAAUGUAGAAUGUUCAAAUGCAGUCUUUUGUGUGAAUAUGACAAUCUCAAUAUUUCAUUUACGAAAUUAUUUAUCGAUAAUUCAUUUAUAAUUAAAAGGUUCGGAUGCUUGAGAUUUCGUUGAGACAUUUGUGGUCAAGAAGGAAUUAAGAAAUGCUUUUUACUACGUUGUUUUAUCACGUAUUGCCGGUGGCGGAUAUAAACCUCGGACCGGAUGUCCAAUGUACGCUGCUAAAUAAUGAUUUCUAAAUGACGAUAAGUUUACGUAGCCGCGUAACUACUCGCACACUAUCAUCGCACUUGUGCAUCGUAUUAUCACAGGAACGUUAUAUACAUUUUUGCGCUAAAUGUUCGUAGUCCAUAAGCAGCACGAAUCAAAUAUACGUAUGUAUAUCUGA